GAAAGGGUGUCCUGCCACCGGGAGGGGCUGGAGCGGGGUAAGGGGCAGGACCGCGAAGCAGCCAUAAGGAUGCAAAGUAGGCGCGGGAGGGCUCUCCCCAGCCAUAAAAAGUGGCGGAGAGGGCGCAAGCAGAGCUGGGCACUUGAGGGCGCGGGGCUACAGGAUGAUGGCCCUGGCUGUGCUGCGGUAAGUCACCCAGGGGACCAUGAAGGGCAAUGUCAGCGAGCUUCUCAACGCCUCUCAGCAGGCUCCAGGCGGCGGGGAGGAAAUAAGAUCGCGGCCGUCGUGGCUGGCCUCUACACUGGCCUUCAUCCUCAUCUUUACUAUCGUGGUGGACAUCCUGGGCAACCUGCUGGUCAUCCUGUCUGUGUAUCGCAACAAGAAGCUCAGGAACGCAGGGAAUAUAUUUGUGGUGAGUUUAGCUGUGGCAGACCUCGUGGUGGCUAUUUACCCAUUUCCCUUGGCGCUGACGUCUAUACUUAACAAUGGAUGGAACCUGGGAUAUCUGCAUUGUCAAGUUAGUGCCUUCCUAAUGGGCCUGAGUGUCAUUGGCUCGGUAUUCAACAUCACCGGGAUCGCUAUGAACCGCUACUGCUACAUUUGCCACAGUCUCAAGUAUGAUAGGAUAUACAGUAACAAGAAUUCCCUGUGCUACGUGUUCCUGAUAUGGACACUGACACUCAUAGCCAUCAUGCCCAACCUGCAAACCGGAACUCUCCAGUACGACCCCCGGAUCUACUCCUGUACCUUCACCCAGUCCGUCAGCUCGGCGUACACGAUUGCCCUGGUGGUUUUCCAUUUCGUAGUUCCAAUGAUUAUUGUCACUUUCUGCUACUUAAGGAUAUGGAUCCUGGUUCUUCAGGUCAGACGGAGGGUGAAACCGGACAGCAAACCCAAACUGAAGCCGCAGGACUUCAGGAACUUUGUCACCAUGUUUGUAGUUUUUGUACUUUUUGCCCUGUGCUGGGCCCCACUCAACUUCAUAGGUCUUAUUGUGGCCUCAGAUCCGGCCGCCAUGGCCCCCAGGAUCCCGGAGUGGCUCUUCGUGGCUAGUUACUACCUGGCGUAUUUCAACAGCUGCCUCAACGCAAUCAUAUACGGACUACUGAACCAAAAUUUCAGAAAGGAGUACAAGAGGAUUAUCAUCUCACUGUGCACAGCUAAGAUGUUCUUUGUGGACAGUUCAAAUGAUGCAGCAGAUAAGAUUAAAUGUAAGCCCUCUCCACUAAUAACCAAUAAUAAUUUAAUAAAGGUGGACUCUGUUUAAAAAAGCCAGUGGUGCCAGCAGGUUACGCUCGCUGGUUGGGGUCUUACUGCUUUCUCUUGUCUAGAAAUCAAUCUAUCCAUCUUGAAGCUCUUAAGAGUUGCCAGCAUAGUGUUGGAGCGGACCUCCUGUCUGCCCUUUAAUCAGAUCUUCAGUAUCAAGGGGAAUACUGAACACGCACAAAGGUAUAUGUGCAGACUCUCAUCUCUGGGUGACCAGGUCUUAGGGGCCCACACUUAGCAUUACAAUAACAUAGCAACACACCAAAGCUGAACAAAAUGUGAGAUGAAUUCAAGAGAGGCCGUGGGCACCUUUCUUUUGUUGCAAACAAGUGAUACAGGGUGUUUAUUCUUACCUGUGGCUGAAUUAAAAUAGUCAGAAAAACUCACAUGGACAUAUAUUUCUUUUUAUUGGCCCCCUUAACAAUGCAGUGUAAUGUACUAGACAUUAUAUGUAACCCAGCAAUGGUUUAAAGAACUGUAUUGUGAAGUUAUAUGUUUGUUAUAUACG